UCUCAGAUCUCGGAUUUAUCACAAGCAGUAGCUGCUGUCUGCCGUUUGCGGUCAGUAAAGGACGUUCCUCGAGUUAAAGUGUAACCAUAGCGGUCACGUUAUAAACCCAUAUUCUUCGUCAUCCGCCAGCAUCCACACAGAAGGAGGACGGAGGUGAGAACGCAGUCUUUUCCAGCAUCUCCACGUUAGCUUGAAUGCACUUAAAGCAUGACGGAAACCCUCUCUUCCUGUCACGCCUCUGAACAGCCGAUCUACAUUUCUAGCUGUUAAAGAAAUGAAGAUAUACCAAUCAGAGGGAUGAUGGAGAAACGACGGUUGAAGCAAUAAAUUACAAGAAGACUCUGACACAGUCUACACACUAUUUCUCUCAAUGGAACAAGAAGAAGAAGCAUCGGCUCGGGAGGACGCUGGCUCACAGCUGAUUCUCAGGAUUGAGCGUCCGGUUUAUGAUGAAGCUUCCAUCAGGUCUCAGCUUUUACACCAGAAAGAAAACUCCACCACCUUCUGUCAGAGGCUGGCAGGCAAGUUCAGGUGUUCAUCAGAGAAGGCCAAGGCAGUAGCUCAGAGUUUUUUGCCCAUUCUGUCAUGGCUGCCCUCCUAUCCGGUGAAGCAGUUCCUGUUUUCAGAUGUAAUCUCAGGUCUCAGCACUGGGGUCGUGCAACUCCCACAAGGUCUUGCUUAUGCUCUGCUGGCUGCUGUGCCUCCAGUUUAUGGGCUGUACUCCUCAUUCUACCCCGUUCUGCUCUAUACUUUUUUUGGCACGUCCAGGCACGUAUCAAUAGGUACCUUUGCCGUUAUAAGUCUGAUGAUUGGGGGGGUUGCAGUGAGGGAAGCCCCAGAAUCCCAGUUUCUAUAUCCUGUCAAUGGUUCAAACUCGUCGGUGGUCUUGAACAAGGAUGCUUGUGAUGCCAGGAGGGUCCAGGUGGUCGCGGUGCUCACUACUCUCGUGGGAAUCAUCCAGAUGAUCUUUGGCCUUCUCAGGUUCGGCUUUGUGUCCGUCUACCUCACAGAGCCUCUGGUGCGAGGCUUUACCACAGCAGCAGCCAUGCAUGUAGUCAUCUCCCAGCUCAAGUACUUCCUGGGGGUGAAAACGAAGCGUUUCUCGGGGCCCCUCUCUGCUAUUUAUUCUGUCAUAGCAGUAUUCAGUCAAAUCACCAAGACCAACAUUCCCAGUCUCCUCCUGGGCCUGGUGUGCCUCGUGUUCCUGUACGGAAUCAAGGUUCUCAACGAGCGCUUCAAGAAGAGGCUGCUUGUGCCCAUCCCCGGGGAGAUUAUUGUGGUUAUCGUGUCAACUGGGGUCUCUUUUGGUUUAUCCUUGGCAGAGACACAUGAAGUAGAUGUGGUUGGAAAGAUACCAACAGGGCUUCGCCCUCCCACUGUCCCAGAGUUCUCUCUGAUUCCCAAGUUGAUUCCAGAUGCUUUUGCUGUGGCCAUCGUAGGAUUCUCAAUGACCAUCUCACUAGCCAAGAUCUUUGCCCUGAAGCACGGCUACAGCGUGGAUGGAAACCAGGAGCUGAUCGCCCUUGGCCUGUGCAACUUUAUAGGUUCCUUCUUUCAGACCUUUGCCGUCACUUCCUCCAUGUCGAGGAGCCUGGUGCAGGAGAGCACCGGAGGGAAGACGCAGAUUGCAGGGCUGUUGUCGUCUCUCGUAGUGCUGCUGGUGGUGGUAGCCAUUGGUUUCGUCUUCCAGCCGCUCCCUCAGACGGCGCUUGCUGCCAUCAUCAUGGUCAACUUGAUUGGGAUGUUCAAGCAGUUCAGAGAUAUUCCCAACCUCUGGAGGACCAGCAAGAUCGAGUUGGCCAUCUGGCUGGUGUCCUUUACAGCAUCUGUACUCUUGGGUCUGGACUAUGGGCUCCUGGCUGCCAUCGCAUUCGCCAUAAUAACUGUCAUCUACAGAACUCAGAGCCCUAGAAGUUCCAUCCUCGGUCACGUUUCCAACACGGGACUGUACUACGAUGUGAACGAGUACGAAGAGGCAUCAGAAUACGAAGGGAUUAAGAUUUUCCACUCCAACUCCUCCAUCUACUUCGCUAACAGCGACCUUUAUGUUAGCAAACUCAAGGAAAAGACGGGAUUAAAUCCAGAGCAGCUGCAAGAAGCAAGAAAAGCCCUAAAAAAGCAGAAGAAAAAGGCAGAAAAGGACCAAAACUCUCCUCUGAAGGUCUGCGCUAAGUACAAGGACAAGACGGUGACCCACGAGGUUGUUCCUCAGAGUGAAGAGGCGCGGGAGCAGAGGAACGGCGAACUGGAGGACAAACGCAGCGAGUCCACCUCUGAGGAGGCCGUCUUCCUGGAGCCCCUCAGCCCGGUCCGCUCCAUCAUCCUGGACUGGACCACUGCCAGCUUCAUUGACUCAGUGGGAGCCAAAGCCAUCAAACAGGUCAUUAAGGAGUACGCAGCCGUGGAUGUUCGGGUGGUCAUCGCCGGAUGCAACAGAAACCUUCUGGCUGAACUGGACUCCCUACAGUUUUUCACAGGAGACAUGAACACAAGCAUGGUGUUCCCCACAGUCCACGAUGCGGUUCUUCACUGCCAGAACUCCAGCUCCAGAUGAAGCCUGAUCACAGGAGGGGUCAUGACCUGGGCAACUGAACAACCAGGCUGUAGGAACGGAGAACUUGUGUGUCGGCCUCACAGCCAGCAAGAGGACAAUCGUUCAUAUUGAACAGGUUAUUUUAGCACUGGUAGAUGCUUCUUUCCUCUACUCCAAGAGUCUGGAGUCAUCUAAAAUAUCUCCAAGUGUUAGAUGACCAGCUGUCCCAGGAGCCUUACUCGCCCACAUCCUCUUGCAGUCGAGAAUCGAGUAUUUAAAGUUGCACUUCCAUUGCCUUUUUGUAGUUCUGGGGUUUUCACUGCCUGGCAGAGAUUUUAUGCUAGCUGCUACAGCUUGUCUAGACAACAAUGCAAUAAUCAUUUCUGGAGUUCAGGUUGGGGUCUUGAUGCAUCUGACACUGAUCAUUUCUAUCAUGGUACCUAACGUCUAUGGUUACUGAAUAAAUGUGCCGUACUGAAGGUUUAUUUUUAAA